AGGUGGGCACAAAGGAAGGAAGACGAAAGUCGGAGAAAGAAAGAAAAUAACUACGAAAGCUGGAAGAGAGAGAGAGAGAGAAUUGAAGUAGCCACGAGGAUGCUCUCUCUGGAUUACAUGACAAUUGGCUGGGAUUGUCUGUUUUGGAAGAGUAAUUAUGGUUUUUAUCCCCUCUUUGGAUUAUUGUUCUCCACCUUCAGAUUACAACACCACCCCAAACCCAACCCCCCACUAUAUCAACCCCCCCUUCCUCACUUUCCCUUCUCAAAAACCCAUUCUCUCUCUCUCUUCUUUUCUCUACUCCGCCCCUUCGAAGCCUAGAGAGAGAAACAGCGGUUACAUGUGUUGUUCUUUGACUUCCGCUCUCGUCUUUCAUCGAUCGUGUUGAUCCGAUUGCUUGCUUCUGUGUUUAGGGGCUCUGCAUGUUUCGAACUGCCGAGGCGAUUGUGAUGAUCUUGUUGAUCUAUUGCUCUCAUAUUCCAAUGGCCCUUGGCCGCAGGGAUGGCAAUUUCCACCCACCCCACUUCGCCCCCGCAUCCCCUGCCCUGCUCUGUUCAGGUUUCCCCCACCCUGAUGACGAAGUGGGCAGGGGAGUUGGCUGGGGGAAUGUGUAAGAGUGACAUUCAUUUAAUUUCCAACUCUAAGGAGAUAGACACACAGCUAUUUUUGGGACUGUUUUGCGCGUGCAUGUAAUCUUGUGGUCUACAGAGAAGUUUCGAACGUGAAAACCUAGUUCUAUAAACUUAGGAAAAUAUAGUAGCCCUGAUGCAACGUCGAAGGAGCACUUCCAGUUUCUCUCCUGGGAUCUCUUCCUUCAGCCAUGGGUCCAAUGUUAACAAUCUUGGGUUGUUUCCACAAAAUGUGGAUUCAAUGAAUGCUUCUAGUCAUGAUAAUCAUACUUCUAUUAGUUGGACAGGUCCAUCUAGCUCUAGUGUGAUUUCCCAUAAUCAGGUUGCUCUAUCAAAUGGGGAACAUGAACAAUUGCCUUCUCCAGAUGCUAGGACUGGAACCCGUAAGAGGUUGUUGGGAGAAAGCCAUUCAGAGCCAAAUGGGCCAUCAAUUUUGCAAAGUGCCAUUUCUGAUGCUAUCCCUCAGAAGCUAGACUUAAAUGUAGCAUUCGAGGACAGCGAUGGGAACAUUCAUCGGGAAGUAGGGGCAAAUUCAAGUUUGGCAGGAAAUGCAGAAAUAUUUGAGAGAAAUACACGCAGGAGAGUAACUGCUGCAAAUGAACGAGGUUUUCCAUCCUCAAGUACGUCUUCCCUUGCACAUGUUAAUAAUACCUUUCAAACCUUGCAACCUUCUUAUUAUAAUGGUAUCACUAGUCCAAGCUCCAGCAGUGCUUCUGCUAGUUCUCCUGUAAUUCUGGCAAGGGGAAGUGAUGCAUUGAGGGUAGAAGAAAACUCACGAUACAUUCCUAGAAGCACUUCUGUGCAGAGUAUGCUAGCUCCUGGAACUUUGAGAAACCCCCCCAGAAAUCUUAGCUCUCAGAAUGGCUUUUCUGGCACCCAGCUAUCUGCUCCUCCACACUUUCGUCAGCAUAAUGUUACUAGAGGUUUUCAGAAUGGCUUUACUGCUGGCAUCCAUCCAUCUUCCACUCCUUCCGGUUUUCCUCAUAGGAAUUUGGCUGAAGAGUAUGUGGAGAGGCUGUCAAGUAUUGUUAAUCAUUCUACAGUGAGAUUGGCUAGCUCUGUGUCUGAAGGGCAAACUACUAACCAUCCAAUCCCUUCAGUAGGAGGCAGGCUUGAAUCUGGAGUUGGUAAUGUAAGGGCUUUUCAAGCCCAACCAAGGCCUGGAGUUUUGAUGAUAAGAGAUGAAGGACAUAAUGCUGUCAUGCCUUCAAUUCUGCCUCACGUACAGCCUUUAGGUGCUGCUCAAUUGAGAGCUACACUGAUUCGGCGUGCCUUGCAAGUCCUACAUUGGGUUGAGGAUGGGAUUAUUGUUCAUGAACCUUUGUUUUAUGAGGAGCCUGAUGUGCAUGAAAAUAUGCGUCUUGAUGUAGACGAUAUGUCUUAUGAGGAGUUGUUGGCCCUGGAGGAUCAAAUUGGAAAUGUGAGCACUGGAUUGAGUGAGGAAGCUAUUUUGGCAGCUGUAAGGCGGCAUUGUUAUCUGUCAAUGAAAUUAGGACCUCCGGUGGAAGAGGAACCAUGCUGUAUUUGUCAGGAGGAUUAUGUUGAUGGAAAGGAGCUUGGUAAGCUGAAUUGUGGGCACGAGUUUCACUUCGAUUGCAUCAAACAAUGGCUCGUGCAGAAGAAUAACUGUCCCAUUUGCAAAAAGACUGCAGUGGUUGUUUGAGAGAUCAUCAGUUUCAGGGUACUCUUAUCCCAAAUCAGAAACCAUUUGCCAAUCCGUUGUCCCUGUAAACUUCUCUCUGGUCCCUUUGCCGUCUGAACUUAUACCAUAGGCUUGCUGCUUCCUUUUGUUUGUUUCUUCUUUCUUUUCCUUUUCUUACCUGAGAAAGUUUUCAUUUCACUCAUGUGCAAGUUCAUGAGAAGCCUGAGUGCUUCAUGUUAUCCCUCUCAUUCACAGGGCUCUGACCCUGAUUGGGUCUCCUCUUACUUUAGGAGUUUGCAUAGAGGACCCAAGUUGUAGGAAAAGUUUCUGUAGUUCAUGAAUUAGUAGGUUUUGGAUUCUCAUUGGUUGAGAUGUUUCUUAAACUGUGUUUGUAUCAUGAAUUUGUGGAAGAGUUUAUGCAGGGGAAGGAAAAGGUAAAUGAAAAAAGAAAAAAAGAAAAAAAGAAAAAAAAGAUAAUGUAGUGAAGAUGCUAAAAUUAUCUAUCGCUUCCCUGUCAUGUUCCUGUUCUUUGGUAAAUUCCUCCACAAAUCAUGAUCAAAAUGUAGUCUGGAAAAGUUUGUUGCAUUAGGUUCUGGACCACAGUUAUUUUUUAUUUUUUUCAUCUUGCCUGUUAGAUUUGGUGGUGACUUUUAUGUAAGGGCUACUCUGGCUGUGGCAAACUAAAUUCUGAAUUCUUUUUGCUGAAGAAACUUUU